CAACCAUGAUUCUGCAGCGUAUCUACAGCUGUUGUUAAAAAGAAACUCUCUACAUCUGCCUUCCCAUUUGUUUCUUGCAAUCAUUCAGCAAUCAAGAUACUCUCUCCACCCCCUGAAUACAAAUGACUCCUUUGUGCAUUGGUUACUCUGGAUUGUCUGAAGGAUGAUGAGCAUGCCAUCUGACUGGAGGCUGACUAACGAUCAGUACUUAUAGUUACGGAUUUUCAGGAUGACCACAGGCUUGAAAGACAUUCCUAUGUCUAAGAGUAACUUUACCACAAUCAAGUUCCAUUUAAGCUCAUCAUCCAUUGGUUCUAGACAGCAUGUUCUUCCAUCGGUUAUCAAUCAUAGGAUAUUGUCUGCAGGAUGUCUCUGCUAGCACAAGCAGUGGGAUGAAUUAGGUUAAUAUUCAAUCUAUGUUAGUUUCUUCAGGUUUUUCUGUGAUGCAAUUAGAGGCAUUUGAAGAGUUAAAUUGUGGCUUUCUCCCAAGGAAUGGUUAAUUGGGGUCAUCUUUCUUACAAGUGAAUGAUGCUUAUAGAGUCAUGAGAAUGAAGAUAGAUUUGUUUUGAUUUCUGUGUUGAUGUAGGGGUAACAUGUGUUCUAACGACAGUUAACAAUGAUCAACAUAGUUUUUUCCAUAAAUUAUUUUUGUCAUGUGCAAGAUACAGUCAUUCUUAUUUUAUCACAAAGAAGAAUAUUACAUGCUUUUUGCAUGAUCUUUCUUACAAUGGUGUAAUUUACAUUGCAAUUUCUAGAUUUAUCCUAAUUUUGAGUUUUUGAUCUUCUGCAGGUGGAGAGUUGGUGAUGCUAUGUGAAAGGCAAGGUAAGAUAGAAAAUCAGGUAUGUCACUUACAGCUAAUUGAAGAAAUGUUAAUGUGUGGAACUUGAAAUGCUUCCAGCUAAAUUGCAUGAAAAGGUCAAAAAGAUGACUUCUGUGGUGAAAGGAUGAGAGGGGGGAGGGUAAAUUUCAAUGAUAUUUUCUAAUACAAUCUUUCCUCCUUGUAGGCUGAGGUAAAACUAUGAGAGGUAGCACUCUUUAGAUUCGUACCCUCUCCCCUUGGUCUCUUGCAAAUCUUGAUAAUAAAAAAUUUGAUCUGAAGUUUUUGUUAUAACCACCAUAAAACAUAUAGAUAACUAGUUAGCACCUUUGUUGAAUGAUUGUUUUUCAUGUAAGCAAUGCAUUAAUGAUUUCAAGAUAUGGAGAUUAGAUAAUGUCAUGUGAAAUGGACCUAUAGAGCUAAAAUUACUUAUUUAUAUUCCUACAUUUGGUGGUCCAAUUAUGGCAUUGGAGAAAGGAAAGCCCCCAUUGUUUUAGCUCAUCAACUCAAGUCUUUCUCAAUUAAGCUCUCAAACUUUG